GGAGAGAGGAGAGGGCUGAACCCGGAGUGAACAUGGCGAGCAUCCCGAACGAAAACGGAGCCGGGGAGGACUUUCAGAAAACCGAGCCGAACGGCGCGGUCCGCUCUUCGGCUAGGUGGGGCCCCCAGCACGCCGGGGCGCAAGAGCUCGCCAAGUUAUAUUCCCCAGGUAAGAGGUGUCAGGAAUGGAUCAGUGUUGUUCUCUGUUUUACGCUCAUGGCCUUUAAUUUCUUUUACCUCCUCGCCUACUUCCACCUGGGCCAUGUCUGGUACAUCCUCCUGGGAAUCGUGGGCGGAAUCUUAACUGCAGACUUUGCAUCUGGACUGGUCCACUGGGGGGCUGACACAUGGGGAUCUGUGGAUCUGCCCAUCUUUGGAAAGGCAUUUAUCCGGCCAUUUAGGGAACACCACAUUGAUCCCACAGCUAUCACGCGGCACGAUUUCAUUGAGACAAAUGGUGAUAACUGUAUGCUGACUAUCGUCCCUCUGGCCAACAUGGCCUUCAACUUUCACACGCUAACACCAGUGGAGAUUUAUCAUAUCUACCCCUGGUACUGCUAUGUGUAUGCGCUGGCCAUCUUUGUGACGUUGACUAAUCAGAUCCAUAAGUGGUCUCAUACUUAUUUUGGCCUGCCACGCUGGGUCACGUUACUCCAGGACUGCCACAUCAUCCUCCCUCGCAAACACCACCGAGUUCACCACGUAUCACCUCAUGAGACCUACUUCUGCAUUACCACAGGCUGGUUAAACUAUCCACUGGAGAAGUUUGGUUUCUGGAGGAAUCUGGAGGACAUCAUCCAGGGCCUGACAGGAGAGAAACCCAGAUCGGAUGAUCUGAAAUGGGCUCAGAAAACCCAGUAACCUCUCUCUAACUGGUGCCAGACCCCUCUCCUACCUCACACCUCUGCACAGGGGACCAGCCUCCAUCUCCUCUUCAUUUAGCUCCCAUCUGUCUCCCUGAGCAGUGGAGGAGAUAAGAACUUGCCACCCUUGCUGGGGACUGAGUGAACACCAAUAAACAACAGAAAAGCUCCAAGCCCACAGAGAGAUGAAAGGAAGAGAGAAAAAUUAACAGAAGGUUUGAAAGCAAUACUGCUCCGCACUUCUUAUCCAGCAACAGCGGUUUGCUCUCCAAUCUGUUUUAUAUUUACCCGUUUUCACCCUUUUCCUGCACAGAGAAACCAUGAAGCCAUUUUACCCCCUUAGGGGUAUAAAGCGUCCAAAAAAAAGCCCUGUUGAAAAACUUGACCCUGCAACAAAAAUGUAUAUAACUUUCUCAAAGCGCAAAAAAUGGAAAAAUCCAAAUUGAAAUACUUGAACAGAAGUGAGCUCCAGUUCAAAUGGAUGCCUUUGUUUUGGGGGGGGGGUUUGUUGGGUUUUUUUUUAAAACUGCUCACACAUCUCUGCAGACUGGCUGGUCUCAUUGCUAACAAGCUCUGUCGGUUGGUAAACUGUGGGACUGGGCCUGUCUACACAAACUUCAAGCAAAGGGGAGCAAUCUGCCUCUUUUUUUCUCCCCCAAACACUAUAGGUCUCUUUGUAAGGACAUCAUGGCUCGUUCUGAAAGAGGGCUGGAACUUAGUGUCUUCACCUGUCGCUGGUGUCUGAACGGACAUAGCAGUCGCAUAUGCAGUCUUUUCCUAGGUCCGCCUUACUUAUGCAGUACAUGCAGAAGAAACAUUUUGCUCACACAUACACUCCACAUUGUGCACUUUGCACUCCAUUAUUUACACAAUACACUUCACAAACUACACUUUACACUCCACAUACACUCCAUACAAAGCCUUUUGGCCUAUGCCUUCUAAUCACACACUUUUCUGUUACAUGUUACAAUACGUUUUGCCUCAUGGUUACACACAGGACAUACACACACAUCCACAUCCGAAGCAAGUAUCAAUCAUUAAGGAAGCGCUUUUUUUGCACAACCACUUUCUCCAUCACUAACGUUCUGGCUGUUCUACCUAUUCAUAGGUGCUGUAAAAACAACCAAACAUGAAAAAGACAAAGUGAAACUUGUUACUUGUGGUCUAGGCUGGAAUUUGAUUUAGCCAUCUGUGCAUCAUGGUAGGAACUAGUGGUCUUAGCUGUACUCGAAACUAAAAAGACAGUGAAAAACAAUUCAUAGCUUAGGUUAAUGCUUAGGAAAGACUUUUGCAGGCUCAGUUGUAUAAAGAGAUGUUUUUGUCUUGAAUUGCUACACAUAGCUAAGCAUGGCUGGUCAGUUACGUUUUAAUUUAAUUUUUUUUUUUCAUAGCUUUACUAGUUUUUUAGGUGCCCAGACAUAUACAAUACUGUGCAACGGUUUAUUUAAUUUCCAGUCAAAAUGACAAUUAAGUAGGAAUUAUUCAUUUUCAGGGUCAAAGUAAAAAGAAAAAGUAGAAAACACUAAAUUUAAUGUCAUAUUUUUCAGUAUUUCGUGCAUCCACUCCUUUUCCUUAAAUACAGCUUCCAUUUAUUUUGGGAGUUUUUUAAAGAAAUCUAUAGGGAGAUUUUUCCAUACCUCUGAAAUUCAGUUUUAAAGGUUGGUUGCAAUUAAUUGGUCAAUCAGGUCUUCUAGUUUUGGAAACUUUCACUUAUUUUCCUUUGAUUGUCCCUGUAUGGAAGUGGAUUAUCUUAUAUCUCCUCAGAUAUAUCUCCUAAAAAUUAAUUACUUGUACUUAAUGGCCAUUUUGACUGGAAAUGAAAUAAAUGCAGGGUGCACAGUACUGUGUGUAGAUGCAUUACUAAUGACUCUUUUUGAGGAAUACAGACGUUUAGGUCAGUUUGAGCAUGUUUAGUCACAAGCUGUUAUAACAGCAUUUAAGGUUUUCAGUAACUCUAAAGCUGCGUACCAUUUGUCAUAACAAACCAGACAGCCAGUUAUAAAGUCAUUAAUAACGGCUUUGUAACUGCUGAAUGUGUAUAAAACGACCAUGAGAAUACUAAUCAUGUCACGUUAUUAUGUUGUAAUUACUAUGUCUUACUGAAUGUCAUCAAAAUCAAUCAAGAUAAAUAGUUACUCAUCUUAUUCCACUGAUUAUGUUUAGAUUAUUUAAAACUUUAAGAGCCACAAUAUGUUUGCCUAUCAGAAUAAGAAGUAAGUUGUAUAACCUGUGCACAAAACAAAUGUCUCUGAUAGGGUAGUAUUUACCAUGAAGAGACCACAUUGCUUUGCUUGAAUUAGAAAAGUUUAAACCUACAGAUAAAUCUAGUAUUUUUCCAGAGAUUUGUGUACAUAUAUUAUUAGCUAGUGGUGGCCAUGCUGAUAAAUCCUCCUUAACACGAUCCUCACAAUGAUCAUUACUUGAAAGAGGUCGGAAGAUCUAUAGCAAGUGAUUUGUGUAUAGAAAGAUAUCUAACUAUGUUACAUGAAAAAGAUUUUGUACUUAAAUUUCUAGAACUGAUUGCUUUUUUUAUACCUUGUUGUUAAAUGUGCCAUUUAUCCUUCCUGCCAGCUGUAAAUCCUGUACUUAAACGGAAUGUUCUAUGUGGAGUAGCCUUACCAAGUUGUGUCUAGCCUUUUGGAAAUCCAGUCUUUUCCUCACUUAAUGUUUUUUUUGUCUUUACCCCUGGGAAGCCAAAACGUAAAACAACUACGGUCAAUCCAAAAUGACCAAAACAGGGAUUAAGGCGGGAGUGAAAUAUUAUGUCAUAAGCUUCUAAAGCACUGUAAAAGGAAAUAAGGAAAUGUUGCAGUUUUUUUUUCAGUUAUAGGUCAACAUAGAAAAGUAUUAGGACAUGUCUUAGGUCAAUACUUUUAAAGGUCAUUCUUUACUCCAAAUGUGUCAAAUCACACAAGGCGUAAGAACAAUUGCCAACAGUUUCUAUUUUUACAUUUUUUAAUUUCUUUACCACUUAAAGAAAAAUGAUUUGUGAUAUGAUAUGAUGUGUACAUUGA